GUUUAGCCAGGUUUCGCCCUUUUUCUCUGACUCCCCCUCUCUCCUCUUUAUUUCCUCUCCUUCCAACAUCGCCCUCUUCUCAACCUCUUCAUCCCAUACCACCCUCAACCCUCAAUCCCUCCUCAAAAUGGCCACAAACAUCACCUACCACGCCAGCGCCCUCACGCGCAGCGAACGCAGCAACCUGCGCAAACAGCAAGGCCUCACAAUCUGGCUGACUGGCCUGUCGGCCUCCGGCAAAUCGACUCUGGCCGUGGAACUGGAGCACCAGCUCCUGCACGACCGGGGGGUGCACGCCUACCGCCUGGACGGGGACAACAUCCGGUUCGGGUUGAACAAGGACCUGGGAUUCAGCGAGGCGGACCGGAACGAGAACAUCCGGCGGAUCGCGGAGGUGGCCAAGCUGUUCGCGGACAGCGCCUCGAUCGCCAUCACCUCGUUCAUCAGCCCCUACCGCAAGGACCGGGACACCGCGCGGCAGCUGCAUGAGGUGCCCACCCCGGGCGAGGAGACUGGCUUGCCCUUCGUCGAGGUGUACGUCGAUGUGCCCGUGGAGGUGGCCGAGCAGCGCGAUCCCAAGGGGCUCUACAAGAAGGCCCGCGAGGGCGUCAUCAAGGAGUUCACGGGCAUCAGCGCCCCCUACGAGGCGCCGGUGAACCCCGAGGUGCACAUCAAAAACCACGAGGUCCCUGUGCAGGAGGCCGUGCGCCAGAUCAUUGCGUAUCUCGAUUCGAAGGGGUAUUUGCCUCCUAAGUCUGCUUAGAUUUGUUGAUUCUCUGGUUGAAAUAUAGAAUAUUUCUUGUUGAUGUUUGCGGUCCUGCAUAGAGUGCAGACGGGAAGCUUCAGAACAAUUAUUUGGUUGGGGCUGAGUUUGAUUCUGUAUAUAUACAAAUAGAUUUUUUUUCUUCACCGGCA